GAAGAUGUGGUUCGAAUCUUCGACAGGUAUUUUGUUGGAAUUUUGUAGCCGGUGUAUGUACUUUGUUUUAAUUCCAUUUUUUUGUAAAUACCAAUGGGUUUUUUAUAAUUAACUUCAAUGGCAGGUUCUUUGGAUAUCGUAUGGGCCCGAGUACAUAGUCAUAUUGGCAACCAGAUCAUUGCCAUUCGUAAUUCAUUGGAGGCGUCAAGGUCGAAGAUCGGUGAGAAGUACAGACAGUUGCCACUGUCUCGUAUUAACGGCAAGGUGUCUCAGCAUUGUCUGAAAGUACUAGAUGACGAGACAAGAAGGAUGACGGAGCUGAGUUACCAGGUGCAUGAACGUUGUGGAUGUGCAAUGCGUGUGACCCACGGUUUGCCAUGCGCUUGCCAGAUAUAUGACUCGUUGGUUGCGCAAACAGGCUUGUAUAGAAGGAAAAUUCAUCCGUUCUGGAAGACCUUGGUCAUCGGCGACGGUGUUAAUGUACCGGAGUUCGUGAACGAUUGUAACGAGGAUGCUGCACAUUUCCGUUCCUUGGUUGAUGAGGUCGUUGCUAGUGAUCCUGCUGUACUUCGAAAUGUAUCUCGCAUUAUUGAGGAGGAGCUGCAUCCGGAUCAUUCAAACCUCGAAGAACCGCAAGUGAAUCACAACGUUCGAGGUCGCCGAAGGAACAACGAUACUAGACGACAUCACAGUUACUUCGAACAUGUGGACCGUCGAUACACUGAACGUCGUACGCAGCAAACAGUGACAGAAGAUCAAGGUGACAUCCGCCAAUGCCGAUAUUUGCACUUGCUCCCAGGACCGAUGUUGCCUUACAUCACGGGAUGGAAGGACGUCAUUGGCGAUGGUAACUGCGGAUUUCGUUGUGUGGCCGACUUCUUCCUCGGAGAUCAAGCGAAGUGGUAUGACGCUCGGGAAAUACUAGCGAACGAGGUCGCCGCUCACCCCUUCUUGUACGAAAGGAUAUACGGGAUAGGAAGGGUGUGGCUGAAUGUGGAUCGCAUUCGAUGGGAUGGUGGGGCUGUUGAUUCACGGCACUGGAUGGUUGCUAUUCAAGAUUUAUUUCCCAUUGCUACUUGGUUCAACGCAGUGGUUAUAAUUCUUGGUGUAGGUAACGACCCGACCUGCUAUUACCCUUGUCUCACCAUCUUACCGCUGCAGGCACGAGCCGGGGUCAGAGCACCAACCCGGGAAUUUGUCAUCGCUACAGUUGGGGGGUCACAUUUCAUCUGCAUUGAUCUAGUCGACAAUUCACCUCUUCCUCCGAUCGCAGGAUGGUGGACAGAGAACCACGAGCCAAGUGUCGGUGGAUGGGAUCAGCUGUAUAUCGCUAGAAGGAACAUGUGGGAUGCAUUAGUUGGCCAGUGA